AUGGCUGCCAAUUUUACCAAUCCCUCUUCUCUUAUACCCGAUUCACCAGCGGUAAAACGGCAAAGAACAGAAUCGGGUUAUACAUCUAUCAAUAAUUCUGCGAGAAAUACAGAUACCUAUAAUUCAGAUGCGGAUGAUGGAGAUGAUUUAUUCAAGGAUUAUGUCCCUGAUACGCCAGCUGCUGGAAAGUUUGAGACACAACCUACACAGAUUGUAGGUGCUGUUGGGAAAUUUGAGACUCAACCUACCCAAAUUGUACCCACUACUAGGAAAUUCGAGACACAAGCUACUCAAAUCAUCGAUCGGUCCACGUCAAUGGCAUAUCCACCAAGUUCUCCAAUCACCAACGGCUUAAGUAAUGUACAAGUACCAGCUUCUUCACCUCUACGACAAUCACCUACACCGAGAAAGAACUUGGCUUCUGCCAUGGCGCCUGCUGGAACGACAUACAGACCACCAUUUGGAAUUACUCAAAAACCCAUUGCCCCACCAAGAAAGAUUAUCAACUUGGAUAGUGAUGAUGAGGGGCCUUCAUUUGUUGGGGAUAGUUCUGAUGAUGAUGAAUUUGUCAAGGCAGAUAUUAAACCAACAACGUUUGUUUCCAAGAGUGCGUCUUUUGGAUCUACCGGUUAUCCAGAUACUUCUCGGUCUGUCAAUGGCAAUUCCAAGUUUCAGAAUGCUCUCGCCAAUGCCGCAUAUAAACCACAGAAAGGAAAGAAACAACAAGGUCCAGAAAGAGCCCGGCCUGUUCAGGACAUUUCCAUCAAGGAUAUUCCUGAUAGUGAGCUCAGAAUAAAAGUUCAGCGCAUCAAGGAUAUUUUUCCAGGUGUAUCUAUUCAAGAGGCCAAGGAUGCUUUGAUCGUAACUAGACACAAUUUUGAUGAUGCUUGUGGUUUACUUGCAAAGGAUGCGCCGGUUGAGGUCCCGGACGACGAUGAGGAUGAAAUUCAGGAAAUCACCGCUUCGGAAAUGGCUGAACCUCAAAUGAGAAGAGGUCUUGCAAGACCUAUCAAGUCAAUCAAGGAUCGAUAUUCUUCUACUCAAAAUCAAUCUACGCAAAGACCGGCCCAGGUACCAGCUCAAGCUACUACACCAAAAAAGCCAAGGAAAAGACUUAUGCAAGGACGCAAAGCUCCAUCUUCUCCUGUGGCUGCACCUUCUCCUGUCAAGUUGUCUCCAGUCAAGUUGGCUUCGUCCCCAGUUAUUCUAGAUAUGUCUGAUGAUGAUUCCGACCUAGAACCUGAGGAAGAAGUUGAGGAAGAUCCAAUUCUUGAGGAGCGACUGCUCAAAUACUUAAACCGUUGUACAUUAGGGGAUCUUAUCGAACUUACUAAUACUACCAAUGCCAACGCGCAAGCAAUGUUAGAUGCUCGACCUUUCAGAAGUCUUAAUGCUGCGAGAAACGUUUCAAAUGUUAAGACUUUAAAGAGUGGCAAGAAGAGUUCAAAGGCACCAAUGGGUGAACGUCUUGUGGAGACAGCUUUGGAGAUGUUUUCUGGUUACGAAGCUGUGGAUUUACUUGUCAAAAGAUGUGAGGAUCUCGCAAAGCCACUGGAAGCUGAGAUGGCAAAAUGGGGAUUUAAUUCUUUUGGUACUCGAAAGGAGGGAGAAGGUAUUGAGUUGGUAUCUUUUGACGAUGCAGAGUCUCAACGCGAUUCUGGAAUUGGUUCUCCAAGUAGCACUUUAUCCAUCAAUGGGGAAAAUGCAGAUGAGGACAAGAUCAUAUCCGUCAAACGAAGAAAAGCUAGGGUCGACUUUUUAAAGAAACCAUCACUUAUGGCAGAUGAUGUUGUUCUGAAAGAUUAUCAAAUAGUCGGGUUGAAUUGGUUGAAUCUGAUGUAUGAUCAAAACUUGAGUUGUAUUUUGGCAGAUGACAUGGGUCUUGGGAAAACCUGUCAAGUCAUUUCCUUUCUUUCACAUCUUGUGGCUACUGGUCGAAAAGGUCCUCAUGUCGUUUUUGGUCCUGCUGCUGUUUUUGAGAAUUGGUGUCAGGAGUUUCAAAAAUUUGCUCCGAAAUUGGCCAUUCAACCUUAUCAUGGUCCUGCAGCUGAACGUGUUGAGUUGGCUGAGUUAAUAUUGAACAAGCGAGAUGACAUUAAUGUCAUUGUUUCUACUUAUGAUAUGGCCACAAAACCUACUGAUAAUAAAUUCUUUCGAAGAUUAGGAUCCGAUGUUCUUGUUUGUGAUGAAGGUCAUAUCCUGAAAAAUGGAGCUACUCAAAAAAAUCAAUCUUUGAAUAGAAUUCCUGCUAAUUUUAAACUUUUAUUGACGGGUACACCUCUUCAAAACAAUUUGGUGGAAUUGGUCACUUUACUUGCAUUCAUUCUUCCAGAUGUUUUCAAGGAAAGAGAAGAAGAUUUGAAUUAUAUUUUCAAAGCAAAAGCAACAACUAGAGAUACUGACCACGGAGCAUUACUUUCUGCUGAACGUAUCACUCGAGCUAGAUCUAUGCUCACUCCAUUUGUUCUACGACGCAAGAAGCAUCAAGUUUUGAAACAUCUUCCUACAAAGUUCUGUCGAGUUGAACGUUGUAACUUGGAGUCGACACAGGCUAAAAUCUAUAAUGAGCAUGCAGAUGCAGCUAAAGAACGAGCCCGCAAACGUCUUGAGGGUGCUAAGAUUCCACCUCUGAAAUCCGAAGAAAACAACCCCAUUAUGCAACUUCGCAAAGCGGCUAUUCAUCCUUUACUUUUUCGACGUCAUUUUACAAAUGAGAAGAUUGAGAAAAUGGUUGAUAUUUUACGAAAGAAAGAACCAGAUAAUUUCCCUCCUUCAGCUAAACGAAUUCAUCUUGUUGAGGAAAUGCGAAAUGCUUCGGAUUUUUGGUUACAUACUUGGUGUGUUCUUUAUCCAUGUAUCAAAUCAUUUGACGUCAAGAAAAACGCAUGGAUGGAUUCAGGAAAGGUCUCUGCUUUGGUGGAACUUGUUACGAAGUACAAGGAGAAUGGUGACAGAGUUCUAAUCUUCUCACAAUUUUCACUUGUUCUUGAUAUUCUUGAAUCGGUUUUAAACACUACGAAAAUUACUUAUACUCGUAUUGAUGGUUCUACCAAGAUUGAUGAACGUCAAGCAUAUAUUGAAAGAUUCAGAGAUGAUGCUGAUAUUACGGCUUUUCUCUUGACAACCAAAGCAGGUGGAACAGGUAUCAAUUUGAUGUAUGCCAACAAAGUUAUUAUCUUUGAUGGUAGUUUCAACCCUCAAGAUGAUGUUCAAGCAGAAAAUCGUGCUCAUAGAGUUGGCCAAACUCGUGAUGUGGAAGUUGUUAGAUUAGUUACUAAAGGUACAAUUGAAGAAGCCAUUUGGAAAAUGGGUAGAAGUAAGUUAAUGUUGGAUGGGAGAGUUGCGGGCGAAGAAGCUGAAGAUGCUGGAGAGAAAGCGGUUGAGAGAAUGUUGUUGGAUGGUGUGACGAUUACGGAUGAAGAGGCUGCUCCGAUUGCUGAGGGUCAUGAUUUGAUGUUGAAGAAAGAUAAAGAUGGAAGGGCGAAGAAUGAGGGGAAGGGUAAGGGGACUGCGACUGGGAAGAAGUUACCAGAGAGGAAGAAAUCUGGUGCAUUUUUAGAUUUGGCAACAAAUGGGAUGGGAAAUGAUGGUGAAGAUGAUGAUGGAGAUGAAAUGCUUGUUUGA